CCCUAGCCAAAUCAUAAAGAUUGAAAUGUCUAAAAAAGAUCUAAUCCUCAAAGAUGCAGCUUGCCUGUUUCUUGAAGAAGAGAAGCAGAGGAACGAAGUCAAGAAUGUGUUCCUAAAAAUAGUUGAGGUGAAUCCCUUCUACAUCCUAGUCACUGACAGCCACCAUAUAAUGCCUGCAGUUUUCAGUAAGAAAUCCUUUCUCGAUAAGAAAGAGUUCAGAAUAGAACCAGAUGUUUGCAUGAAAGUCAAAAAGGCAGAAAUUAAGAUGAAUUAUCUCGAAUUAGAUGCUACUUCAUUACGAGAGAAAGAGGAAAUGAAAAAGAAGGAAGGUCUGACUGGCAUCGAAGUAGUCACUGAGAUUGAGGACAAAGAGUCAGCCAAGAAAGGGCAUAGUAAACCUUUGACCAGACCGAUAGAAGAUAUACAGUAUUCCUACGCAGGAAUAGAGCUUGUGCUUCAUAUUAAUGAUUUCAGCAAGACCGAUAUGAAGAAGUAUAAAGAAAAGCAUGGCUUGAUGAUUAAAGAGGAAGAAAAAGAGACACCUAAGGAGCAUACCAGAAAUUUAUUCGAAGAAGCUGAUCUCAGAACCAGUAUUUUGCACUACAAAUUUAAAACUCUUAAAUCCGGUAUUAAGAUCUGUAAGAAGGAGAAGAAAACGUGGUUCAGUCCUCCAUCAUUUAAGUCAGUAUAUGACACAAAGGUAGAAUCUGACGCGGCAAAUACAAUAAUUAACAUCAAAGCCCACUACGACCUAGAGGACGAUGAAGAAGAGAACACAGAUGAUUGUACAAAGUCAUUCUUCCUCGAUCUCUUUGAUGGAGAAGGUGGAACAUUUCCUAAAGAAGAUUGGCCUCAGAUCGCUAAGAGUAAGAAGAAGAGCAAAAUCAUCAACAUUUAUGAAAACCUAAUUAAGCAUGUUCAGGAUAAAGCAGAAAUCCAGAAGAAAUAUGUAGACAAGUUUACAGAGAGGGUCACCCAAUACAUCACUGAAUUGGAUAAAGAGAGGAAACUUAACGAAAGCAAGGUCCCUCCAAUGGAGUUCAUCAAACUUCCUAAAGCUCUUAGACCCAAGAAGGAAUCUGCUGUAAAGUCAGGCUAUAAGCGGAAUCUGUUUGCAGGGGAGAAGAGAAGGCUCAUGGAGGAGCACAGGCCUAAAAUAAACUUUAACCCUAAGGCUCCUAAAGAUAUUCUAAAGGUCAUUGAAAACAUCCAAAAGGUAUCCCCUGAAACUCUCGACCUCUCAGAACCUCUUCAAGUAGAGAAGAUAAAGAAAAGGGACCUAAAGCUCAAAUGCAAAGUUGAAAACAGCAAUGAAUCUGAAAAAGACAUAGAGAAAGAUAAGAAUAAAGAUUCCGAUGAAGAUAUGUCUGAGGGAGAGAUGUCUGGGGUAGAGGCGCCUAUGCAAAGGUCGUCUGAGGAAGUAAUGUCUGGGGUAGAGACACCAGUGGAAAAGGGAUCUGAGGAGGACACAUCUGGGAUAGAGUCGCCUAUGAAAAGGACAUCUGAGGAAGAUAUGUCUGAGGAAGAUAUGUCUGAAAUCGAGAGUCCGAAAGAAACUCAGAAGAAAGACCAAAAUGGAACUCCCAAGAAUAAAAGAUUUAAAGAGAAAGAAAAAGAUGAGGGAAUUGACGAAAAAGAAGUGAAAGCUAAAGAUAAGAAAGGUCGAGUGAAAGAAGAGAAAACAGAAACAGAAGAUUCAAAGAUAAAGGAAAUGACUUUAAAGAAGGUUGAUGAAUGCAAAUCCAAAGAUGAAUACUCUAACAUUGUCAAUGUUGGCAAAAUUCAAAAUUUCAUCCUGUGGGUCAUUGAGAAAGGGUCCCGCUGUGAAGCUGACACUGAUAGUAAACGUAAGAAACUCGGUACCAAGAUCGUCAGGAACAAACUUGAAGACAUUGCACAGUACUACCCUAAGAAACAGGACUUUACGCUGGCUUUCAAAGGCAAGACCUUCGAGAUUCUCGGCAAGAAGCACACACUCGACUUCGGUGAAACUGUUGAGUCUUCGAAAGAACUCUUCAUGCUGUAAUCUAAUUU